UAAUCUCAUCAUUCAAAAAGGAUUUUGUUCUGCGACUGUUGAGCAUCAUUAGUUAGUUAUAUUUAAAGUAAUAUUGUUAGCGCCAAAAAAAGAUGGCAGUUAGGUUGAAACAUGCAUGGACAUGCAGCAGCAGACAAUGGUCGAAGUCCGAGGAACAACUCUUGUCGGCGCUUCAAUCAUGCGACGGAAUCAAACAGUUCAACCAAGUUCACACCCAACUCAUCCUCCACAAUCUCUUUCAACACCCUUUUGUCGCCACCACAGCCAUCAAGAAACUCUCCUCCAAUCCACGCACCACCCCACGCGCCACUUCCCUCUUCGACCAACUCCACCAUCCCGACGCUUUUCUUUGCAACACCAUCAUCCGUUCAUAUGUUCGCACUUCCAAUUUCAACGCCGCUUUCCAUUUCUAUUACCACAAAAUGAUUGCCAGGUGGGUCCCACCCAAUCACUACACUUUCCCUCUCAUACUCAAACUCUGCUCCGAUUGCGGGUCCCAACGAGAAGGUGAAAAGGCUCACGAUCGAGUAAUCAAAUUCGGGUUCGAUUCCGAUUUGUUCGUCUUGAACUCGCUGAUCCGAAUGUACUCCGUUUUCGGGAGAAUUGACUAUGCCCGAACACUGUUUGAUGCGAGUUAUGUUUUGGAUUUGGUGAGUUACAACACCAUGAUCGAUGGGUAUGUGAAGAAUGGUGAAAUUGGUGUUGCACGGAAACUGUUUGAUGAAAUGCCUCAAAGAGAUGUUUUUAGUUGGAAUUGUAUGAUAGCUGGACACGUGGCGGUUGGGGAUUUGGUUGCUGCAAAUGAACUGUUUGAAAUAAUGCCUGAUAGAGAUGUUGUGUCUUGGAACUGUAUGAUAGAUGGGUGUGUAAGGGAUGGGAAUGUUUCUCUUGCUCUUGAGUUUUUCAAUCGAAUGAAAGAGGUUGUUAUUAGGAAUGUGGUUUCAUGGAAUUCGAUGUUGGCAUUGCACGUGCGGAUGAAGAAUUUCGGUGAGUGUUUGGGGUUGUUUGAGAGAAUGAUGGAAAGUGGGGAGGCUAUGCCAAAUGAGGCUACUUUGGUGAGUGUUCUCACUGCUUGUGCAAAUUUAGGGAAGCUGAGUUUGGGUUUGUGGGUUCAUUCUUACAUUAAGAGUCAUGAUAUUAAACUUGAUGUCUUGCUUGAAACUUGUCUUCUUACGAUGUAUGCAAAAUGUGGGGCUAUGGAUUUAGCAAGAGAUGUUUUUGAUGAGAUGCCGGUGAAAAGCAUCGUGUCAUGGAACUCUAUGAUCAUGGGGUAUGGAUUGCAUGGAAAUGGGGUGAAAGCUCUUGAAAUGUUCUCGGAGAUGGAGAAGGCGGACCAGAAGCCAAAUGAUGCUACCUUUGUUUGUGUGUUGUCUGCUUGUACACAUGCUGGAAUGGUCAUGGAGGGUUGGUGGUACUUCGAUCUCAUGCGUCAUGUUUACAAGAUUCAACCCAAGGUUGAGCACUAUGGUUGCAUGGUUGACCUCCUUGCUCGAGCUGGUUUUGUGAAGAAUUCGCAAGAGCUUAUAGAAAAGGUCUCUGUAAAAGGUGGAUCUGCUUUGUGGGGUGCACUACUUUCUGGAUGUAGGACUCACUUGGACUCGGAACUUGGGGAGAAUGUAGCUAAGAGACUUGCUGAGUUGGAGCCACUGGAUAUUGGUCCUUAUAUCUUGCUGUCAGAUAUAUAUGCUGCUCAAGGGAGAUGGGGAGAUGUUGAACGUGUGAGAUUGAUGAUGAUAGAAAAAGGGUUACAAAAAGAAGCAGCAUCCAGCUUGGUUCAUCUUGAAGAUUUCCAAUCUAAGUGUAUUGUUAAUAAAUGAUUCGGUGUAUAGGAAAAGGAUAGUGUACUGUACUCAAUGGUUGCUGAUUUAGGAUCAGGGAUGAAAAUAUACAUUGGAGAUUCAAUUGAGAAAGAAAAUAUCAUACCUAGAUAAAUAGUAGAUUCUCUAUAUUACCCGGCACAGACUGUUGGGAGAGAAGCGGAAUGCAUGUUAACUGUUAAGGAGUGAGAUCUUGAGGUGGUAAUUAUGGAUGUGGGGGAAAAGGUGUCAGGAUAGAGACAGCCAUUGAUGAUGGUGGGUUGCAUAUUAUUGAAGAUGCAAUGAUGAUGAAUUUCUAAGGAUGUGAAGGAACAAAAGGAUCUAGCUGAUGCUGCAGAAAGUCCAGAUUGGUUACCGCAAAAAUUUUGGUUCUGGAUUUACUUAUGAAGGAUAGUUGAUUUGUUUGAAGAAGAUUUGACUUGCUCAGUGUUUUGCAUAAACAAGCGGUCUAACAUAAAAUCAAGCAGUGAUAAUUCAUUUUAUUAACUUUGUUUCACCCUUCAUGAUUUAAAAUUUCUUUUAAUAUAUUAAUAGCUUUGUAAAAGUUUAUUUGAUAUACACUUACACAUGUAACAAUGAAUGUAGCUUUAAGCCUUU